UUAAACGGAUUCGGCGAGGAAGAGAAAUAGAAAUGCAUUAUGUUCAAAGUGGACUAGGAUAUGUAUAGGAGACCAGCUGGAUCGACGGAAUGAAUUAAAAGACGUUCUGCACGUCCAAACUCACGCCGAAGUUGCGAAAAUUUUACUCGACAGUGUAGUGCUCCAAUUCAGCAAAUCAAAAAUGGAUCCCAAAAUUUCCAGUAAAUGUAGAAAGCUUCUGGUCGCUGCAAUCGACUUCGGAACCACAUAUUCCGGAUAUGCAUUCUCUUCAACACAUGCCUGGGAUAAAGUAAUGAUCAGCUGUUGGCAAGGAGGGUCACUCCUUUCUCUCAAGGCCCCAACAUGCCUGCUCCUGAAAAAGGACUUCUCUCUAUCUUCGUUUGGAUAUGAUGCUGAAGAAAAAUAUUCCGAUCUUACAUGGGAAAACAAACACCAAGACUAUUAUUUUUUUCAGCGGUUUCAAAUGAUUCUUUUUGGAGAUUUAGUGAAACCACCCAUUCAAUGCCAGGACAUUCGUGGUGAAACUAUAGAGGCUGGUAUUGUCUUUAUGCACUGCAUCAAGUACCUGAAAAAUCACCUUUAUCAAGAAACAAAGAAAGGUUUUCCGCACAUGAAGGACGAUGACAUUCAGUAUGUUUUGACUGUGCCAGCGAUAGGGGGAGACAAUGCGAAAGAGUUCAUGGGGAAAGCUGCGAUCGAGGCAGGGAUUAAAAAUGAGCAUUUGAUCAUAGCGCUGGAAUCAGAGGCGGCUUCUAUCUACUGCCAGUACUUGCACAUCGCUAAAGAAGACACGUCAUCUUCGGCUUUGGGAGUCGUCAAACCAGGCACAAAGUACAUGAUGGUUGACCUCGGGGGUGUAACAGCAGAUAUCAUGGUGCAUCAGAAGAGCGUAGACAGUAAUUUGGAAAAAAUUAUUCCGGCAAGUGGAGGACCAUGGGGAGGAAAAUCUGUGGAUGAUGUCUUUAUGAAAUUUAUGACAGAAUUAAUGGGAGAAAAGGUUAUGGAAGAUUUUAAGAAAGAAAGCAUGGAAGAUUAUCUUGAAAUUAUGAGAACUUUUGAAACAAAGAAAAGAACUAUAAAACCCGAUAAGGAUGGGAUAACAAACGUGACUAUACCACAAGCCCUUUUGAAGUUAUGCGCAAAAUCAAAUGGUGUCAAAGAUUUCAAAGAUGUCAUUGAUAAACACGAAAAGCAUAGAAAUGACGUGAAAUACGCUGCAGGAAAACUUAAAUGGGAAAACGAAUAUUUUCGGGGAUUUUUCAAGAAAACUAUUGACAGCAUUGUCAAACAUAUUGACGAGGUGUUCGAAGAGGACGUUGGUAGAGAUGUAGACACCAUCGUUAUGGUCGGAGGAUUCUCAGAAUGUCUUCUGGUCCAGGAUGCGAUUAAAAAGAACUUCAAACAGAAAACUGUUCUAGUGCCAGAAGAUGCAGGAUUAGCUAUACUGAAGGGUGCUGUGUAUAUCGGUCACCUCUCUAAUGACAUCCCGCGUACUACACUUCAGAGUUGAUAAAUUGACUCAUCCUCUUGUGACCAAAACAUAAGACGUGAUUUCCCCACAAAAGGAACUAAAUGUACAAUAAACAUAGGAUGGUUUAAUUUGUUGCUAUGACUGACAAAUCCUUGAACAAGUGUUAUGUAUUCUGACUAACGGAUGUAAAUAUAAGUGUUGAUUAUUUUAUGAAUUUAAACAAUACUAGUAAGUAUCUACUUUAUCAUUCUUCAUAUCAUUUUCUCAAUCGUAUUACACACGUGUGUUUACUGCUGUAGUGACACCGAAAACUUUACGCUUAAACUAAUCCAAACAUUUAUGACAAUUGGUUAGGAUAAUAUAGAAGUUCAUUUCUUUUUUCUAUUUCACUUUAGAUUUUGCAAUCGAUCCCAUUGAAAUUAUUUAUUGAUUAAAAGUUAGAUGUU